GCAGAGAUGUCCCAUACAAUAACUUGUAGUGAAGGUCGAAAUUAUAGAGAUAUGUACAUUAAACAUGCAUUUAAAGAAUUUGACCAAAAGUUUUAUUAUGAAUGUUGUGAUUCAAAUAAAACUCCAGAACCUGGGAGAAUGUAUUUCUCCCUCCUGCAAUAUCUUUACCCAUCCAAUCCACGAAAGGAUAAAUAUUUUAACGAAACAUAUGAAAAGGCCAAGAGAUUCAUUUUUGAUAAAUUUGAUAAAGUUAAGCCUUACUCAAUUGGUUGGGAUUCUUAUCGAAGCACUUGGGCUCAUGAGGAUAUUAUUCGUGAGUUCAUGAUAAUGUCGAAUCCCGAUUGUAAAGAAUUUAAUUAUGUCGUUGAAAACACAAUAAGGAGUAAGGCUCUUUUUCCUGAUGGAAGUGUCUAUCAGAAAAGUUGCGGGAUUAUAUCCGGUACUAUGGGCACUUUACUCAUUAAUUCAUUACUAAAUACAAUUGGAUGUCUCACAGUAUUAAAUAUGAUGAAGGAGAUCGAUCUUGAUUUUCCAACUG